CCGCGGCGGCCCCGCUCGGUGCUUUCCGCGCGGGUUGCCCCGGGCGGAAGCGCCGUUCGCGCCUUCCGCGGCCGCUCGGCUCUUUCCGCCUCCCCUCCGGGGCGCUUCGUUCGUUUCCGCGGCCGCUCGGCUCUUUCCGCGCGGGCCGGCGGCGCGCUCGGCCGUUCCCGCCGCCCGCCGCGCGCUCGGCGGUUUCCGUGAGCGCUCGGCGGUUUCCGUGCGGGGCCGCGGCGCUCUCGGCGCUUGCUCCCUGGCUGGCGCUCCUCAGUCGGCCGCUGCCUGCCUGUCGCCGGGCUGGGAGCGCCUGUGUGUGUGUGAGUGACGCGGCGGAGGUGUAGUUUGACGCGGUGUGUUACGUGGGGGAGAGAAUAAAACUGCGGCGAGAUCCUAGGCGCGAACGAAAGCAGUGACGGAGCAGCCUGGUAACCGGUAACUAAAUGACCAUGGAAUCUGGAGCAGAGAACCAGCAGAGCGGAGAUGCAGCCGUUACAGAGGCAGAAACCCAACAGAUGACAGUACAGGCACAACCACAGAUUGCAACAUUAGCCCAGGUAUCUAUGCCAGCAGCUCAUGCAACGUCUUCUGCACCCACAGUGACCUUAGUUCAGCUGCCCAAUGGGCAAACAGUUCAAGUCCACGGAGUAAUUCAGGCUGCCCAGCCAUCAGUUAUUCAGUCUCCCCAGGUCCAGACAGUUCAGAUCUCCACUAUAGCAGAAAGUGAAGAUUCACAGGAAUCAGUAGACAGUGUCACAGACUCACAGAAACGCAGAGAAAUUCUUUCCAGACGACCGUCCUACAGAAAAAUUUUGAAUGACUUGUCCUCAGACGCCCCAGGAGUGCCAAGGAUCGAAGAAGAAAAGUCUGAAGAGGAAACAGCAGCCCCUGCCAUCGCCACUGUUACGGUGCCAACUCCCAUUUACCAAACCAGCAGUGGGCAGUACAUUGCUAUUACCCAAGGAGGAGCAAUACAGUUGUCUAACAAUGGCACAGAUGGAGUACAAGGUCUCCAGACAUUGACUAUGACCAAUGCAGCUGCAACCCAACCUGGCACCACCAUUUUACAAUAUGCACAGACCACAGAUGGACAACAGAUACUUGUACCCAGCAACCAAGUUGUUGUACAAGCUGCCUCAGGAGAUGUGCAGACUUACCAGAUUCGCACCGCCCCUACCAGCACCAUUGCACCAGGCGUAGUCAUGGCAUCCUCCCCAGCACUUCCAACCCAGCCAGCAGAAGAGGCCGCACGGAAGAGAGAAGUGCGUCUAAUGAAGAACAGAGAGGCAGCACGUGAAUGUCGCAGGAAGAAAAAGGAGUAUGUGAAAUGUCUAGAAAAUCGAGUGGCUGUGCUUGAAAACCAAAACAAGACACUGAUUGAGGAGUUGAAAGCACUUAAGGACCUUUACUGCCACAAAUCAGAUUAAUUUUGGAUUCCCAUUUUCACUUGUCCAGGUGGGAUUGAGACUGGUUCUGGCUAUAACCAGAAAGACAAAGUAAACUUUUUAUUUUCUAAACAUUUCUUUUUUUCUAUGCGCAAAACUGCCUGAAAGCAACUACAGAAUUUAAUUCGUCUGUGCUUUGCAUCAAACUGUGAAUGUUCAAACACUUGCCUCCACUUCUCCCCCUACAAGAUUAUUUUUGUCAUCAAAUAAUCUGAGUGUGAAGAAGAAGAACAGGCUUCUUUCUCAUCUCCCCAUCCUCGUCAAGGAGUAACAGUGGUCACUUGGGAAGUUACUGUGGGGGAGGGUCCUUUUGUAAUGAUUUCAAGAAUUUGUGUUGAGCUCCUUUGAUUGCCUUAGAGACAGAACCACCCCAGCCUCCUGGCCCAGAGAACUGUGUGGGCCACAUACAUUGAGCAUGUAUGGUGCAAUGAAGAAGCAAUGGUUGCCAAAUUGGUUUCACAUAUUCAUUACAAACUAUAAAAGUACAUGGCUAAGUGCCAUGCCAAAUGAAAGGGGCUUCACGGUCACAUUGUUGGUGUGGAGAUGACAUACAUUUAUUAAACUAGUCCAGGAGGGUUUUUGAUAUGUAAUCUGUGUUAAACCCUUCUGGAUUAAUAAACACUUCUCCAUACCUCAGAAACAAAUGCAUUGAAACUGCCUUCACUGGUCAGUUGUUGCUUCUUGAAGCGUAUUAUGUACAACUGUGUUCAACGUCCUGAAUGCACAAAAAGAAAUCACGAACUUCAUAGGAUAAUGGUUGGGAAAUGAUAUUUGAGGGGAAGAUGAACUCAAAAUUAAAAAGGAACAGCAGUGACGUUUAGAAAACAGCCACAUAGUAAGCAUGGGUAACAUAUGAAAGCACUGCCUAUUUGUAUCAGGACAACUAAGCAGUUGAAGCAUGGCCAAUUCCACAUACAUAUUCCGUGAUGACAGUAUAGUCUCAGUGUCCCAAGUCCUUUUAAGCAGUUAAGUUAUUUCUAUUUCCCUACCACUAUCUUAUGUAAUGGAAAUUACUGUACUUACUGGAAACAUUAUCCUGGUUUGCUCAAUUCUUUGUCAGACUUUGAGGCCACCUUCCAUGCAUAAAUUUAAUUGCAGUAUGGUAACUACCAGGUAAGCUUCAAACAUUGAAUUGAAGAGGACCUCAGACAUGAAUAUUCCAACUGGCUUCUGCAUUGCAAGAGACAGUACUGAUUACUUGAACCUGCCCAGGCUAACUAAAUUCAUAAUUUAUUCAGAGGAUUUAUUAAUGUAAAGGAUCAGAUUUACCAGCUCAUUUAUUCAUGUGAGUAAAAUUACUCAUGCGCCUAAGAUGUUUGCAAGACCAGACUUCUUGUGUGCACUGAGGAAAUGUGAUCUUUCGCAGAUUCACAUUGUAAAAAAAGUAGAUCACGUUAAAGAAUAAUGAACGCAGUACUCAACAUUUGGAUUUCCAUUGUGUGUCAAAAAGAAUCAUGCUCAGUUUGUUUACUGGCCCUCUGAAGCUGGUCUCUUGAUAUGUUAACUUGGGUCAUUUGAUGGAGUAAGUUUACUUUGGGCCCCUGGUCCAACUUUUAUGUAUAGAGACAUAAAAAUAAGAUUCUGGUCUGUACUAAUGCCUUGCCUAGCUAAGUAUUAGCUAAUAUGUUCUCCCAUUCAUUCUGUCUGUUUUUAAGAUAAAUUUCAAGUACAAGCUUUUAAAUGGUUACAGAGUCAAUGUGACAUUAUAAAAAGAAAAUUUGCAAGACUAGGCAGUUGAGUCUCAAACAACUAUAGCAGUAUUAAAAGUUCUAGUUUUCUCAUUUGAGAGGGCAUUCAGUUUCCAAGAGACUUUAAAGGAGCAGGGUUAAACUUGUAGCAUUAUUGUUAAAUCUAGAGUUAUCGAUAAUUUCAAAUUAUGUUUAUAUUUCAAAUAAGAGAACAUAAGUAUCAGAAUUAGAAAGAAUUCAUUUCCAAAUUAAGUUUUGUGGGGUUUUAUAAAUGGUCUAUUUUUAUCUGCCAUAGAGAAUUAAUUUUCAUGUUUUAUUUAAUGGAAGAUGAAUUUAUUAGUUUAGCAGUACAAAUAUAAGAAGACCCUAAAUUCUCAGUCACGCUUUUAUAAAAACUGUCUGAUUCUUAAAGACAGAGAAUACAUGCAUUUGUUACGGUUACUAGAAGUAGCAGUGUCGAUAAUGCAGGAGUAAUUCUUGUUAAACAUUAGGCUCAUGAUGACCUCAUUUAAACAGUUAUAUAGAGUGGUUCCUGCGGCUUUGAGGUCCAUCGGAAAGGCUGUACGCGCCUACGCUAGGGCGCUCUCUUUCGUAGAACCCUUGAUUUGCAAAGCGCGAGGUUUUACAGCGAACCCGAACGAGGCUGGCUGUGAUCCGAGCGCCGUUCCUCGUGCGCAGUUAGCGGUCUGGCACCUGCUGAUAGUCACUCAGCACAAAGCCUGGGAGCUGGAGGGACUGGGGAGCCCAAACCGCUACCAGGACCUGGUUCUUCUUAUAGAGGGUUGAAGCAAAUCCGUGCGGCAGUGAGGAGGACUGCGAUACUGCUUUUUGUUUGUGCGUGUUCUGUGAGUAGUCUGUAGUGUUACCAGUCUAGACCUCAUCAGCAACAAACGUUUCGCUAAGAAAAAGAACCUUAUUUUAAAGUACUUUCUUUUUUAUUUAUGGUGCACUGAGGAUUUGGGGACUUUAAUUUCUUUAAUGGAAAUUUUAAAUGACAAUGAUAAAAAAAAUGCAUUACACCAAGUACAGGGCUGGCUAAGGUUACCCAUACAUGCUUUACUAUUCAUAGUGAGCCAAAAAGGGAAGGAAUAUGAUACAGGCAUCCAUUCAUAUAUCAUUUACCUCAGUAGUGAGGUUGGGGUAGUCAGCUUCUAUGAGCUAAGGCCAUUUGGAAGUAGGAUGGAAAUUAUGCUGGCAGGGGGGAGGGAGGGUUAGUUUUAUAUCUCACAGUUGUGAGUUUUCAAGAACUGAUAGCCUGUUUUACCUGAAGAGAGGGUUAGAAAGGGCUAGAUCCAUUACGUUCAUAAUAAACAAGAAUUGAUUUGAAAUAUAAUUUUUGUAAUGUCAUUAUUUUGCAAAACAACAGCACCGAUCAGGCAGUUAAGAUAUUGUCAGAGGUGCUCUUUUAAUUUAGAUAUUCUUGGAAAAAUACAUAUGUAUAAUAUAUGUACAUAUAUAUAUAUACACACAGUAUAUAAUCUACAGCUCUGAGAGCUUUUAAGUCAGGAAUGCUGAGUAUUAUAGUAUAUGGAGGUCAGAAAAAAUUUUUACUUUUCUGUGUGUGUCUGGGUGUGCGUGGAUGUGUGCGCGCGUGUGAAAGCUCCCCUGCCCCACUAGUUCUGUGCUGCAUUAUUCUAGCGCUUAUUUCUGCUUUGUUUGUGCUGUUUUUCAGUUACCCGUUUGCAACCAUUUUAUCUCAUCUUUCAUGGCUUUUGUGUUUUUUUCUUUGGAGAUUUUUGAAAAGAUGUAAACAGUUGUUUUAAAACACCCCCUCCCUCAAAAUGAUUCACCUUUGUGCUUUUUCUCUUGGGCAGCUAUACAUCAAAGGCAAAAACAAUUGGAAGGAUUGUUAGGUAUUUGGGGGUUUUUUUGUUUGUUUUUUUAAGGAACCACUGGUAAGACUUCUGUUUUCCUCUUGGGGUAGUGGCUAUGCAUUUUUAUUCAAGCCGUGAUUUCACCAGAGUGGGAUAGUUGCCAGCACCAUUGCUUGUCUCUGAAAGCACAGUUUCAGCCUGUCAUGCUUUUCAGGACUGUACAGACCCUCUGGGGUUCUGGCUCUUCGGUAGUUCGUGUUUGUGUCUCAGACCACUGUCUUCUCUGGUAUUUUACGUUGAUCAGAAAAUUGGUGGGGUGUUUGGAAUCAUUAAGAGGCUCAGGAAAAAAAAAAAGUUAGAUUUAAUAAGGAAAAACAGCCCUGACAGUUUCUGAUCUAAGUUUGUACUACAUUUUUUUUUUAAAUCUGGGCUUCCGAUAGACAAGCAGCUGCAAGUAGUCAUCUGUUAGCAAAAACUGGCCUCGGCUUCGCUUUUAUUUUAUUUUAGACAGAUAGCCAAUGCUUUUUGUGGGUUAAAGUAAAGACAAGUCUCCUCAUCAAAGCAAGUUCAUUAUCAGUGGUUGCAGAUCUAUGACAGUUUAUAAGAUGAUUUCAUUGGUUUUCUGAGACCCUGUUUUUAUUGUCAUUUUUUCACCCUGAAGCUGGUUAGUGAUGUAACAUUUGCCAAUGAUCUAACCAAAAGGUCAUGUAUUUAUUUUUGUUACAUUAUAUUCUUUGUAAAUGUUUGAUUAAAAUGUGCACUUUUAAAAAAAGAAAAAAAAAACAGAACAAAAAAAAUAAAGAGAAAUUGGAUAUUGGUUUUGCUUGAGAAGCUCCCUGGCACAAUUGCUGUAGUCCUGCUGCGUGCACACAUCUCACUCCUCUCCCCACACCAGUUGACUCUUUCACAAAUCCAACUUCUAUAAAAUGAAGCUGAUUAGGUCCGAGCUUCCGGCAGGCAUUACUUUUAAAUGGCAGAAGAGUUGAACUGGCGGUACUGAAGACUGGGAAGAACUCAGUGUCUGGUAUCUCAAAGCGAUAUGUACAGGAUGGAUGUGGAAUUAUUUUUAGACAGAAUAGAACUAGUUCAGUGAUCCCAAGUGGGAAAGGGGAGUUAAUGUGGAAGGAAAGCAAAACUCUUUUUCAGUCACUUUACUCCCCUUUUCUUAAUUUAAGAUUUGGCUGCAAAUUUUAAAAGCUGCAUUCCAAGAAAGUAAAUAAAGGGGCUUUACAGUUCUUUGACACCAGGAGGUAAAGGUGCAUUGACAAUUUGUCAUCCUGCUUUAAAAGAAAAAAAGCACAACUAACUUUCUUGUGCAGGAGCAAUGAUGAUUUAGCUGUAGUCCUGGAUUCUGUCACUGCGAGCAGGUUUUAAAGGCAUACAGUACAUUCAUGGUUCUUGUGUCCUGUGACUGGGAAAUAGUUUCCUUGAGCUUUUGAAUUUGCCAGUGACGAGAGACACUGAUUUUGCAGAAACCUGAACGUAUCAUGAAGCUCGGUCAGUCUGGGAGGAGCCAGGCUGAUGAGAGAAACAGGGUGCCGAAAUCCUAACUCCUGUGUGCUUGUGACGGGUUCAGGUCUGUGGGUGGAGAUGGCUUAAAUUUGUGCAUCGCUUGGGAAAAGGCACCAGAUCCAGUUUGUAAAGAGGGUUUGUAUUUCAGGUGUUUUGCCUUGGAAUGUAUUUUUUAAAUGUGUUUAAGCCCUGGCCUGCAAAGAGAGUUGCACAGGUUAAUUUGUGUAGCACAAAUGGAAGACGCUGACCUGUCUGCAUUCUGGUACUGCAAGUGCAGAGUUUUUGACCUGCUGUGUGAGACCGUGAGUUUAGGUCUCGCUUUCAGCAGCAGGAAAGGGCAGCUGUCCUCAGGAGCUCUGUGCUGGGCAGGGAAGGGGCCAGGGAGACGCUGUAGUGAUCUGCAGUUAGCACACUUCCAUAAGCUGACCACUUACUCUACCCAUGACUUGGGAGCAGUCACUUCAUUGAGUCGCAGCCUCAGCUAUGUGGCAUUUCUCUAAAUAAGGGGAUAGCUGAGUAAAAACGAGGGGAGGAAAGGCCUGGAGCCAGUUAGUUAUCUGGAAAUGGCCAAAACCAAGAACUGAGGAAGUUAGGGUGCUCUCUACAAGUUGUGUUUUACCCAGGUGCCACUCCAUUGUUUGUGUGUAAUGACAUUUAUUUAUAUUACGACAUAAAUUUCAAGAAAAUCUAGAACUGCGAGUUUCUGUGAGAUUUGACUGUGCUGCUUAUAUGGACUUCUAGGGAUGGGAUGGGGAAGAGGGCAAGGAGAGGUGCUAGUUGGCAGCCAGCCCCUCCACAGACUUGUCCACACGUUGGUUGUUCACUUCAAAAAUGAGGUAUUUCUAGUUUGGGUUUAUAAUUUGUAAUUGUUUUGGAACAAUGUUUUUCAGGGAAGCUCCUAGAGCAAGGGUUAUUAUUCUCCUUUUGUAAAGUAUGCUGGAAAGAGUAAUUUCACCUCACCUGCAUUUCUGAUUCUUUACCCAAAGCGUAUCAGCACAGAACAGGGUAUUUGAGCUAGACUCCCACGUACCUGUGGAAGUUAAAAGACUAAAUGAAAAUCCAUUGUUGGGGGGAGGGGAAAUCUUAUUUACAUUUCCCCCAAAUUUAGAAACAUCCCUGUUGUGUUUUUUUUUUUUACUUAUUUUUUUGUGCUUUAUCUGUGUUUUAAAAUAAUUGUACUGGGUUAUAAUGCAUUUUAUUAACACUAUGUACAUAUUAGCUGCUUUGUGUUUCAGAAUGGUAGUAAUUGCUUUGUAUAUUAAAGUGAUUCUUGUGAAUUUGUGAA